ACUGCCAUCCACAUAUUUACACCAUACCCUGUAUCGGGCAUCCCCUCUACAGCCAUCUACUGUACUACUCUGUCCUAUCCUGACACCAGCGCCUAUUGCCCGUAUAUCCACCGCAUCUACCCGCACACCAGUCAUCCACAAGCCAUUACGCAACCGUCAUUUUACCAUUUACUCUUACUAGCCCGACACUAUCCCCUGUGCGACCCCUCUUCUCACUCCAACAACGAAGAUCCACGCCCACUCCUCCUCCAUUAUCCUUUGUGAUACCAUACAAUUGCGGCACGUUAAUUUCCACCUACAAUCCCGGCCCUCCCACAGAUCUUGAUGUACCAUUCGAUGCCCGACAGUCAUGACCUUCCUGCGCAAAGCAUCGCUUCGUCCAGCCGGCAACCUUCUUCCAUUCUCAAUCGCGCGGAUCAGCAUGCCUCCGAAGCAGGGCCAAGCCGCAGUGCUUCCACGGACAAAGGCUAUCAUGCCGAUGUUGUGAAUCGUCCCAAAGGCGAUCAUCUCGGCGUGCCACCAUCCUCCGCCUAUGCACGUGGUCCUACCUCGCCCACCUCGGAGCUGUCUCCGUUAAGCUGUUCUGGUAUGACGCCGCAUCUAGACAUAUGCAAAUACCCCACACAGCAACUUCUGCGGCUGCUUGCCGGAUUAUUACAACACAUCGCAGGCUCCAAUGAUCAAUUACGGGCAGAGCUUGAGGCCGAGGAGGACGAUGAAAUGGAUGAGCAACAUGUGGAUGAUAAUACGGCAAAUGUGGACCGGAGAUCACGUCCCCAUUCUCGGGCAUCAGGAAGAUCUUAUGUUCCUUCCGGCACAUCGUCAACUGCCGAGCUCUUCUCCGAACCCGCUUCUUCGACUUUGACCUCACCUGCUCUCACAUCUCGGUCGUCCUCCGCAGCAUCCAGUCCCACAUCGUACCCAUUAUCUCAAUUCCCCCUCUUUACUGCAUCCAAAUCAUCUUUAUCGCACCCAUCUGCCCUCUUGGCCUUUCAUGCUAGGCAUAUUCCCUCCAUUUCCAUCGAAGCAUACUUGUUACGUAUACUCAAGUAUUGUCCGGCCACAAAUGAAGUGUUCCUAGGUGUAUUGGUGUAUUUCGACAGAAUGACGAAAUUGGGAACACCGGCCGGUAUUGGUGGCGAGAGCUCGAAGGUUGGAAAGAAGGGAAAGGGUUUCGCAAUCGACAGCUACAACGUGCAUAGGCUGGUCAUUGCAGGAGUUACCGUCGCGAGCAAAUUCUUUUCUGAUGUAUUUUACACAAACUCAAGAUACGCCAAAGUUGGAGGCUUACCCCCGACUGAACUCAAUUCCCUGGAGCUUCAAUUCUUAUUACUUAAUGACUUCAGAUUACGCGUGUCUGUUGAGGAAAUGCAGAGGUAUGGCGACAGACUGUUAGCUUAUGCCGAGGAAGCGGGGGAGGAUAUCGGAACAGUUGGAGUGGAGAGAAGGCGGAGUGAUGCGAGUGAAUGGGGAGAAUUCGAGGGUAGGCAUAAUGAGCGAGGGUUUGAGGGACGGACAUUUAGAGAGUCUUCUGGGGGAAGAGACUCAAGAUCCACUCGCCCAACGGUGGAAGAGGCCAAUUCUGCAUUUUCUUCAACCCCAACGCGUAACCCGGCGUCUGCAGCCUCAGCAAACGCACCUCUGCCAAAUCCGGUCUCCAUCAAAUACGCCAGUACUCAACCUCCCCUUCCCCCUAAUCAGUCUUCCACCCCCGUCACUGUUCCCACCUCGCCGCGAAUAGUUCAAUCUAAAACUCAGCCUCGUGAGGCACAGCAACCUCAAACGCGAGCCCAAACGCAACCUAUGAAAUCACAUACCUUUCCUGUUGGCAGUAGCGUGCCAUCAGCGAGCGCGGGCUCUCGCACAGGCACUGGAGGCGGUGUUGCUAACGCUGGUAAUGGGGCUGACACCGUCUCAGGAGGCAUACGAGAUUGGGUGCGAGGAGAUGAUCCGAUUGCAGUUGUUGGGGGUAGGAUGACAAGCCCAAUGAGGGAUUAGGUGGUGCAAUGAAAGUUUUUGCAGGCUUUGAAGAGUGAAAAUAUUGCGUUUAAGACGAGAAAAAGGAGUUGACUGAGUCGGUAGCGCAUAUUCAGUUUAGAAUUUACAGUUUUGUUUGGGUCUUGAUAAUACAUUUCGUUGUGGCAUUUGAUGUUAUUU